UGUAGGUUAAUCCACUGCGUUUUGCUUUACUUUUAGACGGUUUUGGUUUUUAGCUUGGAAUUGACGGAUUGUGAUAGGUGUGAAUUUGUGUGCAGUGCGAUUUUGAGAGAAUGGGAUUAAUCAAAUGUUAGUGUUGUGCUGUCAAGUUAUUCGAAAUUGAUACGUUAAAAAUGAACUUCUAAUAUUAUUGUUAUUUCGUGUCGUAUAAUGCACUCUUUAUUAGUUACUGGACGAUUGUUAUCCAGAGCAUUUUGGAACGGAAUCGCAAAUGUUUCAACAGCUACAGAUCCUAAUAUUCACAAGAAAACUGAGCCACAAUUAAUAUCAGCUGUUUGUGGCUUUUCCAAAGAGAGAAGAAUCCAAAGACUGAUUAAAGGACAAUUUGGUGAUGAUGCUUGGUUUACAGCAAAAUACAAAACCGCGGAUGUCUUGGCCGUGGCUGAUGGUGUGGGAGGUUGGAGAGCGUAUGGUAUUGAUCCUGGUGAAUUUUCCUUACACUUGAUGAAAACAUGUGAAAGAUUAGUUAAAUUAGGUCGCUUCACUCCUUCGAAUCCUUCAGAAUUGUUAGCAAAAAGUUAUUAUGAACUUUUACAUCAUAAGAAAGCUAUUUUAGGUAGUAGUACGGCAUGCGUGGUCAUCCUCAAUAAAGAAAACAGUACCCUGUAUACUUCAAACAUAGGAGACAGCGGUUUUAUGGUAGUGAGGCGUGGUAAAGUCAUAAGAAAAUCUGAAGAACAGCAACAUUAUUUUAAUACCCCUUUUCAACUGUCGUUACCUCCACCUGGAUACAGACAAGAAGUGCUUAGCGACAGACCGGAUGCCGCUAUGACAGAUAAUAUUCCAGUCGAAGAUGGAGACGUCAUCCUAGUCGCUACAGAUGGUGUUUUUGAUAAUUUGCCUCAAACUCUUAUAGUCAACGAACUUAUAAAGAUUCAAGGUGAGAGGUGUGCCGGUCGAUUACAAAUGGUAGCAAAUUCAAUAGCUUGGAUGGCAAAAAACCUUUCGUAUGAUGAAAAUUUUGUAUCACCUUUCGCUGAGAGUGCUUUCGCAAAUGGUAUUAAUACAAUAGGUGGCAAACCAGAUGAUAUAACGGUUCUUUUAGCAACAGUUGCAAUAUGAAACCUUAGCAAAGUAGAUAGUUGAAUUUACUGCAUCGACACAUAAUAUUCUGAAAUUUAAACAUCAGCAAAUUGCCAUGUUUUUGUUUUGCAUUUCAGGUACUUUGUAUAUCAUUGAAUCAUUAAUACAAUGCGAUCUUUUUCAUUUUGUAUUCAUUUUAUUUCAUAGGUCUACAGAAUACUGUAUAUAAACAAACAUUCCCAAAACAAAAAUAAAAGUACAAUUGUUUGAAAUAACAGCAGUUAUAUCAAAGGAUCAGUCAGUUGAGAACAAUUUUGCAAUGAAGCAAUAUAUUCAUUCAUUCAUUUUCUCUAACUUUUUACUUCUUAGAUCUUUAUAUACACUGGCGAGCAAAAAAUUGAGGUCACCUUAAAAUUUUCCUGUUCUUUGAAAUUUUACGUUUUCAGAUAGUAUUCGAAAACUGUACAUCAUUGCAUGUGCUUUUGUAAGCUGAAUGUUAUACUUUAUACUAAAGAAAAAUGCAUUUUUCUCUUGGAUUUAAUGAUUUAUUCUGAAGAAGCAACAAAUUAACAUUUGGGCGAAAUUCAACAUUUUGUUGUUAGGGAAGAUGUGGAACGAACAAAAUAAAAAAACUUGACAUAAUAACAUGUAUUCACUCCUCUUGCAUUGAUGGUUGCUUGCAGCCGACGCGGCAUACCUUGAAUUAAAUUGCGAAUCACAUUCUGGUCGAUGUUAUCCCAUUCCUGCAACAGAAAUAUUCUCAGCUCCUGGGCAGUUCUUGGUCUUGGUAUGUGUCUGCGGAUCAGUCACACAGUCUCCUUAACUCGUCCUAGACAUGUUCUAUGGGAUUCAUGUCUGGGUUGCGGACUGGCCAGUCAAACCGCCUAAUUUCUACCUCAUCCAGAUACUCCCAGACAAUUCUGAAUGUAUGUGGUCUCGCAUUAUCAUUCAUCUCGUUGAGUUGUAACUCUUUUUCGCCCAUACCCUGAUCUUCUAGUGAUCAGGCCAGUCUCCAGAAAGCUCUGGUACACCGUUUGCACACCACAAAGACUAUCACUACAAUUCUUGCAGUUUCACAUUGUCCCCGACCAUCUUGUCACAGCGUAACAAUUUUUGCCACAACAAUCGGAUCUAAAGGCAUUAUGGGCCUGUAAAAUCACUACACUUUUGCAAUCGUUAGGUGUUACACAAAGAAUCGACAGUAAACUGGAAAACAGGCAAGGGAAAUGUGAAUGUUCAAUUAGUGCAAAGGCACAUUUUUUAUCGUACUCUAAUACAUCGAAUGACAGCUGUCAAGUCUCGGAGAAAAUUUGCUUUAACGCCUACUAAUCCUUAUCAAUAUUGACGCUAAAAUUAUUCGCAAUUUCCGAAGUGGCCCGAAUUUUUUGCUCGCCAGUAUAUAUAUAUAUAUAUAUAUAUAUAUAUAUAUAUAUAUAUAUAUAUAUAUAUAUAUAUAUAUAUCGUGAUGAUUUUAGGUCUCAAGAAAUGAAUCAGGCAUUCGAUCCUAACAAAAACUUGAGCUUAAAAAAUUCUUUUGCCAUGCCAUUCCACUAUCCUUUUUUUCCGGUGAUGAAGCUGAUUUGACAACACUUUCAAUUCCAUAGUAAAUUUUUUCGAUGGAUGAAAAUAUAUUAUCUCAUUCAGUUUUUGUUUUGUGAUUGUUUGUGAUCAUGGUGUAAUUUUGGUCAUAUUCAAAUUUAAUAUUGUUUUUAUACACACGUGGAGAAGUAUUGAAAAUAAAACAGUUUUACUUCUUUUUUUAACGGCCGGUUCACACAAAUUGGUAAUUAUAUUUUUAGAGAGUGAGUUCUUACUCCUCACCUAUACAAGUUAAGUACCAUAAGCACCUUUUCGAGACAUUUUUUUUGAAUAAAUCAAAAGUGGUUCGCAGAAUAUCCUUAAAAAAAAUUCAUUAUACCGACAUGACUAAAGGGCAUCGUCUGACACAAAAAACGAAGUAAAUAUAUAAUUGAUGCGUGGCAUUGCAAAACUCGCUGUAUCCAUUUUUGGAAAAUUUUCAGAAUUCAAGAAAAACUGUGUUAAUCGGCAACAAAUAAGUAAUUGCUUUUAUCCAAACUCAUCCAUCACAUCUAAAUAGCGAUUCUGAUAAGACAUUGAAUUUCAAAGUUAUACUUCUUGAAUACAAACUUACAUUGGCCUAUAACUGAGUUGAAGAAAGGCUCUCCAGCUGUCGAUAUAUUAUUUCGAAAAGAUUUUUUGAAUAAAAAGCGUUUUGCUUCAUUAAAUUAGAAAUGCCAACUAGCAGGCCUCUUGAAACUUCUCCAGUUGUACAUUUCAACUUCUCCCAUUUAGAAUACAGUGCAAUAUUCAGAAAAAAUUGAAUGGUAUUCGGAAGGUUGAAUAAUAACCGGGAGACGUCUGAGUUUUUUCUUUAUUAAUGCAAAUACUCUAUCGGAUGGUGAAAAAGAGUGCUCGUUUAAACUUUUUCUGUGUUCAUGUUCUAUCCAAGUAUAGCAAAAUAUCUUGUCCGGUGUCAUGGGGCCUUUGGAAGAUCUCGUCACAAUGGUGAAAUUGUAAAUAUACAAUUGUCUGCUGUAAUAUGCACAUUAGUCAAACCAAAUUUUUUGACAGUCAAAUGACAUAAUAAAUAGGUCGCUUUGUUCGUUUUUUGGCUUCUUAUAAAAAUCUUUGUACCUCACUUUGUGAACAGCAUGUUCGAAACCAACUUAUUAGUUUCUUGAACAUCUGGUUCCCUCUUUACUUUCCCUUUGAGCUCAAUGCAUUUGGAACAUGCAUUAGAUAUUGGUGAACCGAACCCUAUGUUGUAUUCCUGCUCAAAAAUAUUACUGAAAAACGUUCUCUUGGCUUUCAGUUCAUCAAGCUGCUGAUUAUUGUUCAUACACCAAAGCUUGAGCAGAUUUAAGUCACCUGAGACGUAAUGUCUUUGGAUCAAUUUACCACGAAAGUAAUGACUUUCAACGCAACUUAGUUUUUCAAGAAGAGCCUUAACUGCUGCUCUUUUUCUUAGACCUCUUUUAAUCUAGGUCCUCCUCUCCACUCUACCAGUAAAGUUCUAGACAGUAAAAAUUUUUUUGAGAGGAGUUUGACUCGAAAUGGUGAAAUUUCUUAGAUUUCGACAAACACGAAUCAGGAAUUAUUGAGUUCCAACUUUUCUAACAAAGUACUGGGUACUCACCGUUUUUGAUGGAACGUUUUUCUUUACAGGGCGGGAUAGUUUUAUAGGAAAAGAUUGCAUAAAUUUCUAAAUAAAAGUAUCCUGCUGGAUUUUGUCUCUAUGGGAGUAAAACUGUUUACAGUGGCGUAACUACAAAUUGGGUCCUUGUGCAGAGAUCUUCUCGGGCCCCAUCUGUAAGUGUCAAAGUAUAAUAUAAUUAUUGCUUUAAAAAUACCAAAAGAUUCUUCAACGAACAAUUAUUUAAAUAAAAUAAAACAAUAAAUUUAUUAUGUUUCAAAUCUCUUUAUAAACUUAAAUUACAAACAAAUAAUAUCACACACAUUGCAGUUUUUGAAGGAACAUGCAUAGAUUCAAAAUCCACCGUUACCGGGAUAUAGUGAGUUUUGCAAUGCCACGCCUCAAUUAGUUUAUGAGAAAAAAAAAAUUAUUGAUUGGGUGCCCAAGUUAACCCAGUUUUGGGGCUACUUGGUCAUGUUUGUGAAAUAAGUUAUAAAUUCCAUUUGAAAAAGUAAUAUGCCCAUAUUAGUCAGAAUUUAGAUAAAAUAAGCAGAAUUAAACUUAUACAUACGAAAAAUUUUUUUAUUUUUCAGGAAUAAAACACUAAAUUAAGUGAAAGAUUCUUUUAAAUUUGUUAUAAAGCUCUAUAAACGAAAUGAACACCCGUUUUUGAUUAUGAUGAAAAGUCAAACUUUUGGGAGUCCAAACAAAAGCUAUCUUAUAAAACGUUUAUGUUUGCGCAAAAUCUUUCUUCAAAACUCAUCCUUGCAUAGUCAAAAAUAUCCAAAUUUUGUGAUGUUGAACUAAAAUCAGCUUCAUAUUUUGAUUUUCACUGGGCAUCAGUCCAAAUGUAAUUCGACAGCAAUGCCAUUUGCGUUUAGCUUAAGAUUAACUCUAUUUGUAUAGGUUUUUCUUUUUGCCUACGAAACUUCAAAAUGCUCGUCUUUUCUUUUGUCCUUAACUUGCGGGAGCUGUGUACUAAGCUCCAAGCUGAAACAUUCUCAAUGGUUUUACUUUGCAAGUACUCUGAAACAAGGGAAGGGACCCAAAACAAAUCUAGUGAGACAAGUUUUAAAAAUUGGAUCGUUACUUAUAAGAUUUCUAGCUGUGGAAUGGAGAUUUUCUGUCAAAAUUUCCAUGGAAGAUUUCUUAAAAAUAGUAAUUAAAUUAAUGAAUUUACACUGAGUUCACUGAUUAUGGAUUUUUCAUCAACAAUUGAAGAAAGACCAUUCGGGGCGCUCUCGGGCCAGGGACUUAUCUAGUCCAGGCCUGCUCCAAUAGUACUCUUGCGAACUACUUACGGGAACCCCGCGUAAAACAACAUGAUAUAAAAAUAAAUCAUUUGUUGUGUUCUAGCAAAUUUAUUGCACGUUUUGACAUACGCAGCAAAAAUUAUUGCUCAAUUUCUUAAUAAUAUGCUUUAAUUUCAAUAGGGAUUGUAAUUUGGUUUAUGCAUGGGAUCAAAAUUACCUAGUCAUAUUUUGUGUAUUACCAUCGUCGUAUUUAUUUUUAAUCUCAUCGUAAUUAAGUGAAUUCGUUAAUUUAAACGUUAAUGUUCUUGUAAACGCGUCUUUUAUUUGACAAACGAAAUAUUAUGUAAGUUUUCAAUGGAAAACAUUAAAGUAAACCUUACUGUUAUCUAAUUAGAUGUAAACUUGUAUUGAAACUGAAAAAUUUUGUGGUUGUGCUAAAAAUCCCAUUCGAAUUUAAUUUUUUAAACAAUUGUGCGUACAUUUUCUUUAAAUAGAAUAGUCUAAUUAUAAUGUACCCAAAAACACUUGUUUAUUUGCAACUUGACAACAAUGUUUUGGUUAAUAAAUUAGUUGUUAUUGA